CGCGCAUUUGCGGGCGGUUGCUGUGGAGGUGAGGCGCUCGCCGCUGUCUCGCCCUCUCAGCUCCCAUCAUCAUCAUCAGUCGUAUUUACUGAGCGCUUACUGUGUGCAGAGCACUGUACUAAGCGCUUGGGAAGUACAAAUAGGGAACAUAUAGAGACGGUCCCUACCCAACAGUCUAAAAGGGGCGGGGGGGAAUCAUGGCCGACGAGGAGCCGACCGACUCGGGCCCCGGCCUCCUUCAGGAGAUCUUCACGUCCCCGCUGAACCUGCUCCUGCUCGGCCUCUGCCUGUUCCUGCUGUACAAGAUCGUGCGCGGCGAUCGGCCGGCCGGCGGCGGCGGCGGCGGCGGGCAGGACGACGACGAGCCCGCGCCGCUGCCCAAGCUCAAGCGCCGCGACUUCACCCCGGCCCAGCUGCGCCGCUACGACGGCACCCAGGAGCCGCGCAUCCUCAUGGCCAUCAACGGCAAGGUCUUCGACGUCACCGCCGGGAAGAAGUUCUACGGGCCCGAGGGGCCAUAUGGGGUUUUUGCUGGAAGAGAUGCAUCCAGGGGGCUUGCUACCUUCUGCCUGGAUAAAGAAGCCUUGAAAGAUGAAUAUGAUGACUUGUCUGACCUCACUUAUACGCAGCAAGAGACCUUGAAAGAUUGGGAAUCGCAAUUCACUUUUAAGUAUCAUCAUGUGGGCAGACUGCUGAAGGAAGGGGAGGAGCCUACAGUGUACUCAGAUGAUGAAGGACCAAAAGAUGCUAAUGAUCGAAAGAAAGACUAAUGGAUGCAGUGAGGAAAAAUCUAUUUUUAUAUAUUCCUGAAUCAUUUGUAAUGUUCCAGGUCUGUCUCUAAAUAAUUGUGAUUCCAAAAAUAUUUAGAAAAGCUUUGGACUAGCUGUGAAUUACUUACAUAUGUGUAUAUAUACACACACCCCAUUUGGGCCAUUGAUAACCUGGAUAAGAGCAACUCCUACUUUAGAAUCUGCAUGAUCUGAAUGCAAAUACAGCUAGGGGCAUUUCACAUACAGAAGUGAACUGCAAUACUCUAAAAAUGCUCUUGCUGCUUUUCUUCAAUCUAUGUAGUGUAGCACAGGCACAAGCUAAGACUUCACCUUAGUGUCGGGUAAGCCUGAUAUUUUGUAGAAAUUUAUGCAAAGUAUGUGUUAAUGUGAAUGUCUAGAGAAUGAACAAUCUGUUUUAGACAUGAUUCUGUUCAGGGAAGAUGAAAUACUCUUUCAGUUGGACUCACUGCAUGAUUUCUCUUUUCUUUGCCUUUAAAGCAAAUCCACAGUGUUACAGAGGCUUUAGUGUCGAUUUAAGGGGCUGUUCAGUAUAAAACGUCAAAGCCUAAUAAAGCUGGGGAAAAUGCUCACCUACUUUUUGCCCCCAGAAUGAAGAGGGGCUAUAUUCUAUGAACUAAAUACACAAUCUUAAUUGUUCAAUUUCUUUUGUUGUUUCUCAUAUUUGUAUUAUUUGUCUGUUGUAAAGGCCUGGAUCCACAGUUCAUAGAACAGGUUCUUACGACAGAAAUGAUGUGACAGGGGAAUGAGACAGCAGCCUUCUCUUUUGAUGUGGUAACUUGAAGAUGCAGUCCAAUGGAACCCGGGUCUAUGAGCAUAUUAAGGAAAACAAUCGUUUUAAUGCUCAUUUGAAAGGUUCUUGGUCCUAUUAAGUUUGUGGUUGUGAACACUGAAUUUGCAGGCAUGUCUUACUAAACUUCUUUUCAGAAGUGAAUUCCUUCCCCUCCCCCACUAUGUCUUUAUUUUUCAGCCUGGAAAAUUAUCCUUUAGAAUCGGGGAAGUAUAAUGCCUUUACUGAUAGUUCUAAAUAAAAGCAUGCCACUCUAAGGAUAUGUGUGUGAGUAUGUGCAGGUACUCAGUUCAGAAUUACAGAAAUGUCUAUCCUCACAGGUAAGAACUUUCACCCUCAGUUUCACUGCUGAGCCCAGGGAGAAAACUGGCUUAAAUGACAGAUUGAGAAGGAAAAUUUAUGCCAAAUAUUAAGAGAAACCCCUCUAGUGAAAUCUGAAAUACUGGGUCUCAGGAAGAUGCUUUGCCAAGUAGUCUGGAAGAACUGAAUAGUAAAUUGUUUAGGAGGCACUGACAUCCCCCUCCCCUUGACCCAUCUGAAAGGCGUGAACUCAAGUUACUGAUGCUCUUGAAAGGGAUAUAGUUGGCAUGUUCAGAACACUAGUUUUUGCAAAUAGUUUUUAAUCCAGAGCAGCAACGAAUGCUAAUAUCAGCUGUGAGUCUCCGAAAGGGAGUCCUUGAGGUUUUUCUCCCCAGCUUUAUGGUGGUGUGCUGGACAUUUUAUGGAGUUCAGGUUUCACAAGACUCUGGCUAAAGUAAAUAUUCUUCAUGAGAGGCUCUCCAGCCUUUCCAUAACAGGAACCUUUCUCAUAUCUCUUUAGGGUUUGAGACCUCCACCACCUUUUGUGUGUCAUUUAUUUUACAUUUAUCAAUGUUCCACUUCGGAAAUGUUAUGUCACAGGUUGUCAGAGCAAUGCUGACUCAUCUUCAAGGUACAGAAUGGAAAAUAGUUAAUAGCUUAACUAGAAACCUAUAAUUGUGCCUAUAGUGUUUGUAGAAUGAAUAGGUUUGAGGUUGCUUUGAUUCUUUAAUUGGGUUUUGGCCUACUUCUGUUGCCCAACCUUUGGGUUAAGGGUGCUCUCCUAGUAGCUCUAGGGAGUUUGGCCCUUGUUGACUUCGAGUUGAAGCUGCAGUCUCUUUCCAAUGAUGCAACAGUUUGCCAGGGAGAUGAUCAUUUCCGCUUAGCACAAGGUAGGGAAUUUGAGCUUCUAAGAGGACAUGUCCUCCUACACAUAUCCUUAAGAGUAGUAAACUAGUAUAUAUAUAUGUAACUGUAGUAACAUUAUUUUGAAGUGAAAUGUGUUUAUGAGGUGGCAGUAGCUUUUUUUUGUCAAUACAGAACUACAGCACCAUGCAAAAGAAGUGCCUGGGACCAACUGUGGGGAGAACUAACUAAUUGCGCACUCUUCUGUAGAACAGGAAUUCUUAGUUUGGCACUGGCCUUUUUAACACUAAGCCUUAAGCAGACAGCACGGUUGUGUGAACAGGUUACUGGCCGAAGUAUUGUAUGAGUAACCCAUAAGGGGUUGAAGAUUACUGUAAUUGUUGUUAAUCAGCUAUUGAUUUUUUAAAAAUCCAUUUUAUUUUGUUGAAAACUUCUUCUAAUGGUUUUACCUCAAAUCAGAAAAAGUUGAAGUGCUUUGUUAGACAGUUAAUAAAAUUGUUUUACACAGUA